CGAACCUCCCCAGUGAAGCCAGUUCGCGGACUGGAUGUGUUGUUGUUGUGUUGUCGGACCAGCUCCACACAUGGGUCGUUUAUCCCUCUGAGGGAUUUGAAAGCGCUGAAACCGAAGCCCUCCAGCUGCGACAGGACUUCACGUUCAACCGGAAACUUUAAGUCGAUCUUUAUAGAUGUGAGUCAUGACACCCGAGGACAAACUUGCAGACCUGACUCUGGACCCCCAGGUGACCCAGGGGGGUUGUGGGGAUGUGUACAGAAACCCCACUGAAGUGCAGAUGAGUCAGAUCGUGCUGCCCUGCCAUGCCAAUCACUGUGGGGAGCUGAAUGUUGGACAGCUGCUGAAGUGGAUGGACUCUACAGCCUGUUUAUCAGCUGAGAGACAUUCAGGUUGUUCCUGUGUCACUGCAUCAGUAGACGACAUCCACUUUGAACACACUAUAGGGGUUGGAAACGUUGUCAGCAUCAUAGCGAAAGUCAACCGAGCCUUCACGUCGAGCAUGGAGGUGGGCAUUCUUGUGACCUGUGAAGACCUUUACGCCGACAGGCAGUGGAAGGUUUGCCAUGCCUUUGCCACGUUCGUUUCCAGACGAACUGAAGCUGGGAAGGUACAACUCAAGCAGGUUAUUCCUCGCACGCAGAUGGAGCAGAUGGAGUACAGCCUGGCAGCAGAGCGGCGGAGGAUGAGGCUCAUCCAUGCUGAGAUUAUCACCGACCUGCUGAACAGCAGCACAGCUCAGCUGGGAGAAUGUCAAAAGUACGAGCAUGCUGUUCCAGCUGAGCGGACCCGAGUGGAGAGCGUGGAGCUGGUGCUGCCACCCCAUGCCAACCAUCAGGUCAGCACUUUUGGAGGCCAGAUCAUGGCUUGGAUGGAGAAUGUAGCUACAAUUGCAGCAAGUCGAUUGUGUAACGCUCACCCGACCCUGAGGACCAUCGACAUGUUCCAUUUCCGUGGCCCGUCCAACGUUGGUGACCAACUGGUUCUGAAGUCUAUUGUUAAUAACGCCUUCAAAGACAGCAUGGAGGUGGGAGUUUGUGCUGAGGCUUAUCAGGGUGGAGAACCUCUGCGCCAUAUAAACAGUGCCUUUAUGACUUUUGAGGUGCUGGAUAGUGACAAGAAGCCCCGCACAUUGCCACGGAUACGGCCUGAGCCUGUUGAUGGAAGAAGGCGUUAUCAAGAAGCUAUCGCCAGGAGGAAAAUCCGCCUCGACAGAAAAUAUAUCUUCUCCUGCAAGCAGACCGAAGUGCCCCUGUCUGUGCCCUGGGAUCCAAGUAACCAGAUGUACCUGAGCUACAACAACGUUUCAGCUCUGAAACUACUGGAUACCAGGAGCAACUGGGUCUUAACUUCAGAGAAGAACAAGGUCAGGCUGUACAUACUGGAGGAAAACCACAUGCUUUGCAUCAAGGUGGAGAUGCACAUCAGUGUCCCAGCAGAGCAGGCGUUCCUCCUCCUGUCAGACCUGAGGAGGAGGAAAGAGUGGGACCGGCAUUAUGAGGAGUGCGAGGUGAUCAACCAGGCGGAUGAGGACGACACCCUUUAUCGUGUUGUUACUCCUUCUGUCAGUAAAGGGGGCAAAGGGAAAGAUUUCAUCUUGUUGGCAUCUAAAAGGAAACCUUGUGAUUCCAGGGACCCAUAUCUGAUCGCUUUGCGCUCCGUCACUUUGCCCACUCACCCGUCCACAGAGGACUACACCAGGGGAGAGGUGCUCUGUGCAGGCUUCACACUCUUGGAGGAGUCCAGCACCGUCACUAAGAUCACCUACUACAACCAGGCCACACCAGGUGUCCUCCCCUACAUCUCCACAGACGUGGCUGGCCUCUCCUCCAGCUUUUACAUCACGUUCUCUGCUUGCAGCCAGUUCCUGGAGGCCAACAAGGACAGCCUCGGUGUUCUGUAGAUCCCUCUGCAAGAAGGAAAGUCACAUCAGGAACAUCCUGUCAGUUUCGUCAUCGCUGUGGAGGAGGUCCUGGUUUCUACAAUAAGUCACAUUUCAGUGUCUAUCUGAGAUGAGCAAGAGUUAGGUUUUUAUUUUUUGCAGAAAAAUUAAGUUGAAGCAAAUGCGCACAAGUAAAUGUCUCUGCCUCUUUAUUACAGCUAAUACAUUAAAGAAACAUUUCUAUUUAAUUCUGAUUGACAGAGAAGUAAUUAUUUAAAUCUGCAGCAUGACUUGUUUUAAUUUUGACAGCCAUCAGUUGGUCAGCUGUGCCAGUGUGAGAUUUUCAAGCUGCCUUAAGAGGAGGUGUUGCAAACUUUUUGCCAUAAAUUUUAUUUUGCACCAUUACC